CCAAAAAAAGACGACACUCAUAAAAAAGUGGAUAACGAAAAUAUUGUAAACACAUCUUGUGACCUUAUAGAUUCAGAAAAUGAAGAAACCAUCAUAGAACAAAGUAGAAAACAUCGCAGACAAAUUUUGGAAAAAUUUGUUACAUCGUCACACGAUGACAAAUGUGAAAGUGCCAAAAAAGACGAAAAUAUUGUCGAAAGCGCCAGUGGCAAUGAUAAAAUUGUUAAUCGAAUACAGUCACCUCGAAUAAAGAGAGAUAUGUUUUCGGAGGACGACGAUUUCGCCCCAAUUAAUGUUUCUGAACACGUGACACAAGACAAUGAAUACAAUCCACAAUUGAUCGACAACUGGGACGAUUCAGAAGGAUAUUAUAACACGCGUGUUGGAAACAUUAUUGACAGUAGAUAUACAAUAAAACGUAUAUUAGGUCAAGGUGUAUUUGCAAGCGUCGUACGUGCACGCGAUAAUAAAAAUGGCAACGAAGAUGUUGCUAUAAAAAUAAUAAGAAAUAACGAUCUCACUUAUAAAAGUGGUCUAAAAGAAUCGUCAUUUUUAAAAGAAAUCAACGACGCAGAUAUAAAUAAUAGAUAUCAUUGUGUGAAGUUUAUUAGGCAAUUUAUGCACAAAGGACAUCUUUGUUUAGUGUUGGAAUCUUUACACAUGGACAUGCGAGGUGUUAUAAAAAAAUACGGCAAAUAUGGUCUCGAUAUGAAAGUGUUGAUGAUCUACAGUAGCCAACUAAUGUUAGCUUUGCAACUUUUAGAGAAACUUGGUAUUAUACAUGCGGAUAUAAAACCAGACAACAUACUUGUGAACGAAAAGAAAAAUACUUUAAAAUUGUCCGACUUUGGUUCAGCAUCAAAAGUAGAAGAUAAUGACGCCACGCCAUAUCUGGUGUCCAGAUUUUAUAGGGCGCCGGAAAUAAUUUUAGGAAUACCGUACAAACAUGGCGUGGAUAUCUGGUCAGCCGCAUGUACUGUUUUCGAAAUGGCAACUGGAAAAAUAUUAUUUACUGGAAACUCUAAUAAUGAAAUGUUGAAAUGUUUUAUGGACUACAAAGGUGAAUUUUCAGCUAAAUUGAUAAGAAAUGGUAAAUUUAAAAAUCAACAUUUCAACUACAAUAAUAAUUUUCUUCUUCAUAAAAAAGACGAAUUGACCGGUAGGGAAAGAGUAAUUGAAAUACGUAACACUCGUGCCACUAAAGAUUUAUACAGUGCACUUAAAAAAUCGGCAAAUUAUUUAAGUUCACAAGAUGAUAGGAAAUUGCGCCAACUGAAAGAUUUCUUAGAGAGGCUUUUAGUAUACGAUGCGCAUCAGAGGAUGUCUAUUUUGGAUUGCCUGAAACAUCCUUUCAUUCAAAAAUAAUUAGGUAAAUGUUAUAUUAAAUAAAUUGUAAUUGAAUAAAUAAUAAUUUCAUAAAAGGAGGAAACAAAAGAAGUAAAGGACUAUAGGUUCAAUUUAUAAUAUGGGUCGAAGAGAUUCUGUUUAAGCAAUAUUAUAUGCUUCAACAUGUCCAAAUCUCAUUUUUAUAUUCAAUUCAAUCGCUCAUAAUUCAUUCCCAAUAGGUAGGUCUCAGUUUCUUUUGGUCUAUGAUCUGGUAAAGAAUGUAACUAGGAUUGUCGUUGAUUCGUUCUCUUCCUUUCUCGCUUGGCUAAUCGAGUGUAUCUCUGCGAUUAAAUGUAAAUUAUUCUAUGAAUUAUAAAUAUACAAUUAAUCUCUGAUAUUGUUCGAUCGAGUGCACAAAUA